GGGAGGGGCUGCCUGUGAACAACUUUCAGCCCUCUAACAGCCCCUCUGUCGCACUCUGCACCUUCUGCACCGAGGACUCGCCUUCUCUCAGCCGAAGUUUCACAUUCGUCAUGGAGGGUCGAACCACCUGUGGACUGUGGCUGCUCACCUUGCUGCUGGGCUGUGAGCGACUCUCGGCUUUCAACCUGGACACCGAGAAUGUGGUGAGGAAGGACGGGGAGCCGGGGAGUCUGUUCGGCUUCUCUCUGGCCAUGCACCGGCAGCUUUCUCCGACUGAUAAGAGAAUGCUGCUGGUUGGCGCACCACAAGCAAAAGCCAUACGUGGUCAGAAGUCUGCGAUAACAGGGGGAUUCUACAAAUGCGAAAUGAGCACAACAUGCUCAAGAGUUAUUUUUGAUAAUGAUGAGAAUUUAAACAUAGAAAGCAAGGAAAACCAGUGGAUGGGAGUCACUGUCAGCAGUCAGGGGCCAGGAGGCAAGGUUUUGGUCUGUGCCCACCGUUACCAGCGACGAAACAAUGUGAACUCAUUAACAGAAACCCGUGACGUCAUCGGCCGUUGCUAUAGUCUGAGUCAGGACUUAACUAUCAAUCCUGGGUCACCUGAAGAUGGAGGUUUCUGGCGUUUUUGUGACAACCGGCUAAAAGGCCAUGAGAUGUUUGGUUCAUGUCAACAAGGGUUAUCUGCUACAUUUGACAAGGACUUCCACUACUUUAUCUUUGCAGCUCCUGGAGCAUACAACUGGAAAGGUGUGGUACGCGUGGAACAAAAGAAUGACACUUUGGUGGAAAUGGGGAUCUUUGAUGAUGGACCAUUUGAAGCAGGAGAUGAAAAUGAGAAGGAUCCCAGCCUGAUCCCUGUCCCUUCAAACAGCUAUAUGGGGUUCUCUCUGGACUCAGGGAAGCGUUUGACCAAAAAGGGUCAGCUGACUGUGGUGGCUGGAGCUCCCAGAGCAUUCUUCACYGGAGCAGUCGUCCUGCUGAAGACAGGUGGAGAGAUGAGCAGGAGCUUGGAUAAGGAGUACAUCCUGGAAGGGGAGGGACUGGCGUCGUCUUUUGGAUACGAUGUGACUGUACUGGAUUUUAACGGGGAUGGUUGGGAAGAUAUAGUGGUUGGAGCACCUCAGUACUUUGAGAAGGAUGGAGAAAUUGGAGGAGCUGUCUACAUCUAUGUGAAUAAAGCUGGAAAAUGGGACAAAGUCAAACCCACUAGAAUAGAUGGACCUGCGAACUCUAUGUUUGGCCUGACUGUGGAAAACUUGGGUGAUAUCAAUCAGGAUGGUUACCAGGAUUUUGCAGUGGGAGCACCUCUUGAAAACGAUGGUGUUGUUUACAUCUACCAUGGAUCAGCCAAUGGAAAAAUUGAUGAAACGUCCACACAGGUGCUUUCUGGUAAAUCUAUGGGAGUGAAGCAGUUUGGCUACUCUUUAGCAGGUAAUAUGGACCUGGAUGGGAACUCCUAUCCAGACCUGGCUAUUGGAUCUCUUUCAGACUCUGUUUUUAUCUACAGAGCCCGACCAGUUGUUAAAAUUCAGAAGGAAAUCUCUUUCACACCUAAUAAAAUUGACCUGAGCCAGAAGAACUGUGGCAACACCUUCUGCUUGGAUGUGAAGGCAUGCUUUUUCUAUGAUGCAAGCCCAGCGAGCUACACUCCUUCAAUGACUGUAAAAUACUCUCUUGAGGUGGACGCUGAUUAUAGGAAGAUUGGUCUUGUACCGAGGGCAACCUUUACAGACCCUUCUAGUUCUGAUCAGUACAAAUCCAGUGGUACCAUUAACAUGAGCRUAAAAGGAAGGAAAGAGUGUGUUACACGGAAACUUGCCAUACAGGAAAAUAUUAAAGACAAACUACGUGCCAUCUCCAUUGACGUGUCUGUAGAUAUCCAGGAUUCUAAACGUAAACGUAGACAGACCUCCACUUCUCAACUCCAACCUGUCCUGGACGCCAAAGAUCAGAUGAAAACUCGAGAAAAGGUGGGAUUCUUGAAAGAGGGGUGUGGCAGUGACGAUGUGUGUGAAAGCAACCUGCAGGUGAAAUAUCGCUAUGGCCACAGGACAACUGAUCAAGAUACAUUCACACCAUUACAAUUGGAGAAUGGUGUGCCGGUGAUCUCACUCAGCACCCAGAAGRACAUCGCCUUGGAGGUCACAGUAACCAAUCUGGAUAAAGAUGAUGCAUAUGAAGCGUCGGUGAUCAUAAACUUGCCCAACUCCUUGACCUACUCCGCUUACCGUGUUGCACCUAAUGAGCUGCCAAUUACCUGCACAGCAAAUGUAAAUGGUUCUAGUGCUGAGUGUGAGCUUGGAAACCCAUUCAAGAGUGGCUCAAAGACCACCUUCUACAUAAUUUUGAGUACAGCUGGUAUCUCUCCCAGCAUCAAUGAAGUGGAAAUUGACCUGCACUUAAACACGACGAGUACCCAGCCAAACCUAGGUCUCAUCAAAGCAAAGGCAAAGGUGGCCAUCAUGUUGCAGCUGACCUUAACAGGACAAGUCCAACCAUCUCAAAUMUACUUCAGUGGAGAGGCCAAAGGUGAAUCAGCCAUGAAGACUGAAAGUGACAUUGGCGGCGCCAUCACACACCAGUUUAGGAUAAUUAACUUGGGAAAACGACUGACAGAUGUUGGAAUUGCGACCCUCAACAUAGAGUGGCCAAAGGAGACAAUGAAUGGAAAAUGGCUUCUGUACCUGAUGAAAAUCACCUCCAAAGGAGUGGAGCAGAUAAAGUGCACUCAAAAAGAAGAUAUCAACCCUCUUAAUAUAAAAUUAGAUAACAACAGAAAGAGGAGAGCUACACGAAAGGAUCAGGGGGGAAUCGAUGGCACAAUUUCACGCUUAAUUGAGAAGAAGGAAUCUAAAACCUUGUCGUGCGGUAGUGGAGCAGGCUGUAAGACGAUAAGAUGCCCCCUGGGGGACCUGGACAGUAACGCAGUCAUAACUCUCAGCUCUCGACUGUGGAACAGCACUUUCAUUGAGGAUUAUUCCAAGUUACAUCACAUAGAUGUGAUAGUGAAGGCAGCUCUGCACAUUGACAGCAAUGUGAAGAACACGGUGCUGAAGAAUGCUGAGACAGAGGUGAAACUGACCGUGUUUCCAGAGAGGAUUGCUGCUCAGUAUGGAGGAGUGCCGUGGUGGAUCAUUGUGCUCUCCAUCCUGUUUGCCCUGUUGUUGCUGGGACUGUUAGCAUUCCUUCUUUGGAAGUGUGGCUUUUUUGAGCGAGCCAAAUUCGAAGAUGAGGUUCCCAGUUACAGUGCAGUUCGGAUCAGGCGGGAGGAGAGAGCGGUCAACACGAGGAAUGGCAACUGGGACAAAGUGGAAAAGAAGCCGUGGAUGACAACUUGGCACGACAAAGAACAUUAUUCUUAACAGCCAAUAAAAUCUGGCUGCAGUCGCUUGACGAUGAACCGCAAGUUGGCCUAAUUUUUCUACCCUGCUCAUGCACAUUAGGAAUUGUAAAUAUCAAGAUACACAAUCAAUCAAUUGGAUUUUAGAUGUUCAAGGGCUAAAUUCAGGAUCAAACAUUUUCGUGCAGGGGCUGAUUCACUUUUCAACUGUGUAGGAGCUGAACCUGCACAACUACUGUCUGCACAGCUUUUGGAGCUUAUUUGACUGGGAGCUUGGCGGGUUGGAACUGCUUGUUUUGUAUGUUUGAAUCGUUUAUUUAUUGUUGCGAGGAGUAUUUUGUUACUUGCUCUAUAAAGCCAAAGAGUCACACAAUGUAUUGCCAUAAGUUUAAAAAAAGUGGCUUUUUUUACAACCCCAUCCUAAAAAAGUUGAGAUGUGUAUAAAUCGUUGAUAAAAAUCAAAAUGUGAUUAUCUACAGAUUCUAAAACUGGCUGCAAUUUAGUAACAAGAUGUACAUCUUAAAUAAAAUGCUUUUUUUA